GGUGCACGUUGGGUUUAAUUUUGUGUUAUCGACUCGAUAAUGAAGACGUGGUUCUCUAGCUCUUUUUCUCGGUUUUCUGCUGGUUCUCUAUCGACGAUGUUGAGGAAAACUGCGGUGGCUCUACUUGCAUGUAUUUUGGGUUUAGGUGGAGUUACAGCCGGAAUAAUUGUAGGAGCAAUAAAAGGGCAGACAACUGAAACGGGUUUUUUACGCGGUGCUGGUGUUGGUGCUAUGGCAGGGGUCAUUGCAGCACUUCAAUUGAUGGAACUCAUACUUUAUGGAGAGCCAUUUUCCAAGUUGAUGUAUUAUUUUGUGAAUUGUAAACCCGUUACGCAUAAUAUGGCAAAUUUGAUAAGCUCGACUCUGCAGGAGCGAUAG